UUGCUGGUAAAAGUCGAGAUGCUGAAUCUGCCGGAAAAUUUGCUUCAAUUUCUUUCAAGUUUUAAAUUUAAAGAGAAAAGUUUGGAAUAUAACGUUGAUGUUAAGCCAGGUCGGUUAAAAUUAACUUUAGAAUGGAUAUACGAGGAUCAGUUCUCCAGAGAAGUACAAGCUUUGAACGUAGCGGAUGGACACUUCAAUACAAGUCACAGAGUUCAGGAGAACGAUUGUGCAAAAAGGAAGGAUUCUGAAAAUGCUCUAAAUAAAAAUAGAAAUGAAGCAGCGCAACCCAAGUCCUUUCAAUCGACACAUACUGUGGUGCUUGCUAAGCGUGUAGGGUUGCAUACGAAGUUGGAUAGAGCGACUGCUAUAAACAGUGGUCAAUGGUGUGGAGGUGUGGUCAAGUUAUCAAGGGCAAGCGUGGAAGAUGACGAACGCAUGACACAGCAUCACGUGACCAUAGAGCACGCGAGAAUCAUGAGUCAGGACGAUUGUAGCACUAUUGAAGCGGACAGUGACUGGGAAUCAGUGUUUUCUGUGUCGUCGCUGGACAGUGUUGCUACCGAUGAUAAUUACUGCGAGAAAUUAAGCAACAAAAAUGUCACCAAUACACAUAAAGAAUCAAACAGGUUACAAAAUGAGACAGGAACGACGGAAAAUGCUUCGACAUCGAAUGAUACGGAAGGUGUAACGGAUACAACAGAACACACAAGCUAUACCCUUAACAAGCGAACAUUGAGUCCUAUACACGAAGGGUGUGAUGAUCAAAGACACGCAGACCAAACCAACGACGACCAGGAGUGUAUGGAGACAUUUGAAUCUUACAAUGAAUGCGAUUUACCAAGUCAAGGUUUUAUGGGAAAUGGGAAUACUGGACAAACCUCUGUAAAUCUUACUGAAGUAAAUGAAGGACAACUUAUGGAACUAUACAAGAGUAAUGCACAAGACAUAAUCAUAAUACGAGCUUCAAAAUUCCGCAUUUCAUUUGAAGAACUAAAGAAAUUAACGUUUGGAUCUGGUUUAAUUGACACACAAGAUGUAGUGGCAAUGUUUUAUGAUGACAAAGUCAUGAAAAGACCUGGCUAUCUUAUACAGUUUCAUCCAAAGAAACGUGACGUACAAAACAAACUAAUGGACAUAACGUCGGAAGAAAGAUGCUACGGGGUGUUGAAGUUAGUAGCUGGAGAUGAAAUUAGAAUGACUUCAUUUGACCCGAGUUUUGUGGAGUAAUAGGAAAAGAAAUAUGGUCUGAAAUUAUCUCUGCAUUUCAAAAAAUUAGUCUUGCUUUUUUAGUAAAAGGAAUACCCAGUUUAUGUACAGUGCUGGUUAUAGGUGGAUUUUAUAAUUAUAUGUGUAUUAUUAUGAAUAUUGUUUUAAUAAACUUCUUUAUUAUAUA